CAUAUGUUUAUAGCCAUCAUCUUUUCGAAGACUCAGCAUUGCAACCUUGCCGAGGAAUAUUGGAAAUACAGGAUUGAUGUCAGGAAUGGAAAAAAAUGACCGCCUUUGUAGAAGAUCUAGUUGGCGUAUUUUGGGACCAAAGCAAAGUGAACGUCGUCCAUCACUUCAACGCUUCAUUAGUACAUAUUCCUGGGCUGAUGAUGAGGGAGACAAAUGUGACUUAAAAGACAAAGAAGAAUCAGAACCACCUACCGAGGAAGUUUUAGAGAAAACAAGAAAACUAAGCCUUUCUGAAAAGAAGAAAAAUCAGUGCAGAUGGGAUAUUUCUUCACU